CCCCGAAGGAGACUGACACUUGGAGAAUGAGGACAGCAGGAUCGGGAGCCUGCCGGGGAAAAAAUUUCUGGGUGAGAGAACGAGCUAAUUGCCAGACAUCCAAAAGCUCCAGGGAGGGAACCACGGUGUCUUCUGGCAAGGCAGUGGAGCUGUCGAUUUAAUUCAGGUUUCCCUGUCGCUGACCCGUGGCGCUCUUUGAAGCCUUCGUCUCAACGUGGCAUUUCCUAAAUCUGCAGUGGAGCAAAAACUCUGUUGUUGAAUAUUCAACCGAGUUUUAUUUCAUGGCAUGGACUGCUGAGCCUUGACUUAUUACCUUUCUGGAGUCAAGCUUUGACAUUCUGUAGUAGUCGUGCGAUGCUGAGCUGUAGAAUUUGCCAGCGAAGAUGUAAGCAACUGUUGCAAGGAGAGCGUCACUGUCUCGUGCCAAUCUGAAGACUCUCGAGAAGAUUUCUCCUCCACGAGCUGCGAAGGCAAGACUCUGUCCCCAUGGCCUCCGUGUCCAGUGUGUUCAGCAUGAUGCUGAAACCGCUGACAGACGGAAAACAGCGCCGGUGGAGCCUCUUCUUCAUGCGUCGAGGCAGUGUCUCGAAGGAGAAGAAGAUUCGCAGAAGCAAAACCACUCACUUUUCCUUCCACAGACGAAGAAGUCGCAUGGACUCCAUGGAAAACAGCAAGGAAGCUGACCCAGAGGAACUGAACCCAGAAACAUCGCGGGGGAAACACAGGCAAGACAGGAGACCCUCCAAGCCCUCCAACACCACACAGGUCACCAUCGAGGUAAAGCCAGAGAAACCCAAAGCCGAGAGAAAACUGUCUCGGUCGCGGACCCUCCCCUCGACCCCGCAGAAAAGACGCUCCUCGAGCGCGGACGACUUGCUCAGGCUACAGACGACAACGGAAGAAAACAACCUGCUAAGACUGGGGAAGGGUCCGAUGGGGAAGUCUGCGCAGGACUGCAGUAGGCUCGCUGAAGAGGAGCCCCCUAGCGGGCCGACGACGCUCUGCAUACCUCAGAUUCAUGUGGAAAGUACAGAGACGACUGAGAGGAGGAGAAGGCUGCUACCUCAGCCCCCCGUGGAUGGGAGUACCAUUCCAACAAGAGAUGCUGCAUGGAGACUGGAAGAUGACGACAAUGUGAACUACUUGUGUGCAAUAGAUGACAUCAGAAUCCAGACAGCAGACACCGUCAUUCAGGAAUUGGGUGGGGACUUCCACGAUAGAGGCACCAAGGGUGGUCAGCUGUCCCGUCUAGCCAGGAAGUUUGCCGGACAUCCGAAGGAAGAGAGGAAAGCUGCGCUAAAGUAUCGCUCCAUCAGCGUGGACAAUGGGGAAGACUUCUACUAUCCGCUAGCGAUGUCCGGCCGGUCCAGGAGCAUCGAGAGCCUACACUCCCCCUCCAGCGAGGAGAUGAAGAGAAGAAACAUCCCCCCAGCGACCCCGCCCUCAGUCCCUCCUCCAACCUCCUCACGUGUCAACAAGAAGCUGUCCAACAAGCACAGGGGCUUCUCCAUAGACUCAGCCAUGGGGCCAAAUCUAGACAAGGGGAAGAGGUCUCGGAAAACCAGCUAUGGACCCAUGCCAUCUCCAGUUCUGUUUGACUCAGUGGAGCUGCAGGAUUUGGAUGCUGUCAGGAGCUUGCUCAACUCUCCUCACUGUCCCGACAUUAACAGUAUUAACGAGGAAGGCUUCACACCGCUGGACGUGGCGAUGAUGACCAACAAUGUUCCCAUGUCCAAGAUGCUGAUCACUGCUGGGGCUGUGGACAACCCCAGAUUCACGUGUCCGGAGGCGCGCGGUCUGCACCUAGCGACGUUGGUGAGCGAGGCAGAGAGAAAGGUGGACAACAUCAUGCAGCAGGUGGUGAACAUGGGUCCACCCACCAGUGCACAGCAGCAAAAGGAACAAGAACAACAGUUGAAGAGUUGGGAGUGGCGCUUCCGGCUACUAAAGAGAAUGAAGGCUGGGUUUGAGCACGCAAGACCCCCGGGCGCCCCCACCGCCGUGCGGUUAGGCGUGUCGAGCAGCACAUCUCUGGUCGUCAGCUUCCAGGAGCCAGACACUAUCAACGGCGCCAUGGCAACCAGAUAUAAAGUUGAAUGGAGCUGCUACGAGAACUUUGUCCCGUUGGCGGGAGAGUUUGUUCUGACUGAACUGAAGAGCCUCAGCUACAAGAUCAUGGGCCUGUCAAAGGGAAACAAGUACUUCGUACGAGUGUCAGCCUGCAACGUGAAGGGAUGGGGACCGACCAAGGCCACCAUACCGCCGGCCGGAGUACCCUCAAACUGGAGAGAAUUGGAGGUGUCAGAGUCUCAGGACAGACAUCGACUCAAGAAGCUUGACGACUUGAAGACACAGAUCAAGAAUGCCAAGAUGUUAGAAGCAGACACUAUCUCCACACACAGUUCUCCUAAAGGCUCCCCACCACACAUGCGGCGCUCCAUGAAGAAGGGACUGAAGAACUUCUUCCAGUCUGUCAAGUUCCACCGCAACCUCAAAAGCAGAGGGGUGUACCUGGCCACCAUCUUGUACCACGGAGACCACAUCCUGGUGACGGGCGAGGACAACAUUCCCGUCGUCGAGGUGGACGACACGUUUCCCAGCAUGCUCAACCUGGAUCUCCACUGGUUCAUGAAGGUGUCCUGCACCUGGUCAGACCUGAGACAGCUGCGCCAGGACCUGGACAGGUGCGCCUCGGCCUCGUCUGCAUCCUUCAGAAGUCGGCUCCUUCAGGCCGCGAUACAACUCCAGAACUCCCUGGGAGUGCAGGACCUGGGUUAUGUGUACCACACGGCCAUCAAGGACAGUCACGGGUCCAUCGUCAUCCCCACUGUCAGACAAGUCAAGGACCCAAAGUACGUCCAGUCAUCUUCUCUAAAGUGGGUCCCGAUCAGUCGACUCCAGCGACGGAGAAUGUCUGCGGCAGAAGACCCCAGCGCGUUGGAGAGACUUCUCAACAGAAUCCCUGAGAUAAUGCACUACAACCACAACAGCACCAAGCCGCCGCCGCAGGGCCUGUACAUCGGCUACCUGAAGCUGUGCAGCUCCAUGGACUCCAUCGGGGUGCUGGUGCCCAAGGGGAACCCCAACAUGCUGCCCCACUGCCGCAUCAGGGACAACCCCAACGUCUCCAGCGAGGAGUGGGAAUGGGUGCGCAGGCUGUGCAGCGGGGAGGUGACAGAGGAAGACCCCAAACCCAGCCAGGCACAGUGCAUAUUUAGAGACCAGCUCAUCCGGGCCUCCAAACGGCUGCUCAACUCUUUAGAUGUAUCUGAAGAGGAUGCUCUACAACACAGAUUGUUCUGUACGGAGGUCCUAGAGCUUGACAACAACGUUUCGAUGCUGCUGCUUGUCCCACCUGUGGAAGACGUGUGCUGCGCACCUGGGCAGACACAUCACCUGUUCCAGCAGGACUCCUUCCUCACACUCCCUCUACAGGUGUUCGAACUAGUUCAUAUGACAACAUUCCAGCCUCACUUCUUCGACCAGUACGCUACCCUGUCGUCCCAACUGGAGGUGGAGAACUUCCUGGUCCAGCACCAGUGCAGGGAGGCCUUCUCAGACUCGGAACUGUCCGGGGCCAAACACAGGCAGCUCAGAAUAGCCAACUUCCAGCAGGACUUGGAAGACAUCUGGCGAGGAGCGCGGUGGAUCAUGGACGUGCUGCAGUAUGCUCGGGACAGAACGGCAGAUGGAGGCCUCCUGCUGGAGAGAAUAUACCAGUCAGCAACACCGUCCCUGCCAAAAGUGCCCACUCAGCUGUCCCUGCCCAAAACCAGACGAACAUCAGAUUCCGACGACAACUUUGCCAGGAGAAGCCCCGAGGUCUGCUCCUCCACAAGUGACGAGGAGGGGAUGUCGAAGGGCACGUCACCGAUCCCCACCCACAUCCCCUUCUCCCCACCCCUGGAGUCUGGCCUGGUGCUUGUCAGGGAGGCGUCGCCGUCUCUCAUCCGCGUCCGAUCGCGCAGCAUCUCACCCGUCAACAGACACAAGGACACCUCCCCGCCCCAGGGGACCUCCGAGAGCGGCCACGAGCCCACCAAGACGGAGAUUCUGUCGGGGUCGACCAAGGCUGGCAUCCUGAGAGUCUACCCGGACUACCACACGGGGCUGGCCAAGGGAACCAGUGUUAAGCUCCAUGUCACCACCAAGACGACUUCCCGCGAGGUCAUCGACCUGGUGGUGCGACAGAUCAACAAGGCGGGGCGCAGCCGCGACCCCGUGUCCCCCCUGUACCCAGACGACCUCCUCCACAACUUCUUCCUGGUGGCCAUCAUCGCAGGCAGGGAGAGACAGCUCCCAGACACGUACCAGCCGCUACAGCUGCAGAAUCCAUGGGCCAAGGGCAAGCUGCUGGUGCGCCUAAGGGACCAGGCUACGGCAGCGCUAGCUAUGCUACACGAAACACAGUCUACAUCUGUCUAGUGCUAGCCAUGCUACACGAAACACAGUUUACAUCUGUCUAGCGCUAGUCAUGCUACAUGAAACACAGUCUACAUCUGUCUAGUGCUAGUCAUGCUACACGAAACACAGUCCACAUCUGUCUAGCGCUAGCUAUGCUACACGAAACACAGUCCACAUCUGUCUAGCGCUAGCUAUGCUACACGAAACACAGUCCACAUCUGUCUAGCGCUAGCUAUGCUACACGAAACACAGUCCACAUCUGUCUAGCGCUAGCUAUGCUACACGAAACACAGUCCACAUCUGUCUAGCGCUAGCCAUGCAGCACGAAACACAGUCUACAUCUGUCUAGUGUUAGCCAUGCUUCACGAAACACAGUCUACAUCUGUCUAGCGCUAGUCAUGCUACACGAAACACAGUCUACAUCUGUCUAGCGCUAGUCAUGCUACACAAAACACAG